GUGGCCCCGUCCUGCGGCUGGUGGCCCCCGCCGGACCAUGGCAUGGGCACAGCGGGGUCUGACAUCCUCGCUCUCCAUCGUCAUCAGCUUGGCUGCCUGCCUGUCGGCCACCACCAGCGAAGUGAACCUGCUGGACACGUCAACAAUCCUGGGAGACUGGGGCUGGAUGACUUACCCCUCCCAUGGGUGGGAUUCCAUCAAUGAAAUGGAUGAGUUUUUCAGCCCCAUCCACACCUACCAGGUGUGCAACGUCAUGAGCCCCAACCAGAACAACUGGCUGCGCACCAACUGGGUGCAGCGGGACGGCGCGCGGCGCGUCUACGCCGAGAUCAAAUUCACCCUGCGGGACUGCAACAGCAUGCCAGGCGUGCUGGGCACCUGCAAGGAGACCUUCAACCUCUACUACAUGGAGUCAGACCGGGACCUGGGCAGCAGCACGCGGGAGAGCCAGUUCCUGAAGAUCGACACCAUCGCGGCGGACGAGAGCUUCACCAGCGCGGACCUGGGCGUGCGGCGGCUGAAGCUCAACACGGAGGUGCGGGGCGUGGGGCCCCUGAGCAAGAGGGGGUUCUACCUGGCCUUCCAGGACAUUGGGGCCUGCAUUGCCAUCGUCUCCGUGCGCGUGUACUACAAGAAGUGCCCGGCCACCGUGAGGAACCUGGCGUCCUUCUCCGAGGCGGUGACCGGCGCCGACUCCUCCUCGCUGGUGGAAGUGCGGGGAGAGUGCGUGGGCCAUUCUGAGGAGAGGGACACCCCCAAAAUGUACUGCAGCGCCGAGGGGGAGUGGCUGGUGCCCAUUGGGAAGUGUGUGUGCAGUGCUGGCUACGAAGAGCAGCGCGAUUCCUGCAUGGCCUGCCAGCUGGGAUUUUACAAAUCAGCCCCUGGGGACCAGCUGUGUGCCAAGUGUCCCCUGCACAGCCACUCGGAGAGCCGGGCAGCUCGCGUGUGCCGCUGUGACAGCAGCUUCUACCGCGCCGUGCAGGACCCUCCCUCGGCCGCCUGCACGCGGCCUCCCUCUGCCCCGGUGAACCUGAUCUCCAGCGUGAACGGCACCUCGGUGUCCCUGGAGUGGGGCCCGCCGCUGGACAAGGGCGGCCGGGCGGACGUGGUGUACAACGUGCGCUGCCGGCGCUGCGCGGGCGAGGCGGGGCCGUGCCAGGCCUGCGGCAGCAGCAUCCGCUUCGUGCCCCAGCAGAUGAGCCUGGUGCGGGGCGCGCUCACCGUCACCAACCUGCUGGCCCACACCAACUACUCCUUCUGGGUGGAGGCCGUCAACGGCGUCUCCGACCUCAGCCUGGAGUCCCGCAGAGCCGCGGUGGCCAACAUCACCACGAACCAGGCAGCCCCGUCACAGGUGGUGGUGGUGCAUCAGGAGAGCACGGGCCAGAACAGUGUCACCUUGCUGUGGCAAGAGCCAGACCAGCCCAAUGGCAUCAUCCUGGAGUACGAGAUCAAGUACUACGAGAAGGACAAGGAAAUGCAGAGCUACUCGACUCUGAAAUCCAAGAGCACCACUGCCACCAUCUCUGGGCUCAAGCCUGCAACCCGCUACAUCUUCCAGGUGCGGGCUCGCACCUCGGCGGGCUGCGGGAGGUUCAGCCAGACUGUGGAGGUGGAAACGGGGAAGCCAGUGUCUCUCCGGUACGACACGAUGACCAUUGUCUGGAUCUGCCUGACUCUCAUCACUGGCCUCGUUGCCUUGCUGGUGGUUCUGAUCUGCAAGAAGAGGCACUGUGGGUACAGCAAGGCUUUCCAGGACUCUGAUGAGGAGAAGAUGCAUUACCAGAAUGGACAAGUGAAGUUCCCUGAGUCCAAGUUCUACGUGGACCCACACACGUAUGAGGACCCCUGUCAGGCUGUGCACGAGUUCACCCGUGAGAUAGAGGCCUCCCGCAUCAAGAUUGAGAAGGUCAUUGGGUCUGGGGAGUCUGGAGAGGUGUGCUACGGCCGCCUGAAGCUGCCAGGGAAGAGGGAGAUCCCUGUGGCCAUCAAAGCACUGAAGUCUGGCUACACAGAGAAGCAGAGGAGGGAUUUCCUGAGUGAGGCCAGCAUCAUGGCACAGUUUGACCACCCCAACGUCAUCCACCUGGAGGGGGUGGUCACCAGGAGCAAAUUGGUAAUGAUUGUUACUGAAUACAUGGAGAACGGCUCGCUAGACACCUUCCUCAGGAAACACGACGGGCAAUUCACCAUCACCCAGCUGGUGGGGAUGCUGAGGGGCAUUGGGGCUGGCAUGAGGUACCUGUCUGACCUGGGCUACGUGCACAGGGACCUGGCAGCCAGAAACAUCCUGGUCAACAGCAACCUGGUGUGCAAGGUGUCGGAUUUCGGCCUCUCCCGCAUCCUGGAGGACGACCCCGACGCUGCAUACACCACCACGGGAGGGAAGAUCCCGAUCCGCUGGACGGCGCCCGAGGCCAUCGCCUACCGCAAGUUCUCCUCGGCCAGCGACGUCUGGAGCUACGGAAUUGUCAUGUGGGAGGUGCUGGCCUACGGAGAGAGGCCCUACUGGAACAUGACCAACCGCGACGUGAUAAACUCUGUGGAGGAAGGGUACCGCCUGCCUGCCCCCAUGGGCUGCCCCAGCAGCCUGCACCAGCUGAUGCUGGACUGCUGGCACAAGGAGCGCGGCGAGCGGCCGCGCUUCGCCCACAUCGUCGGCAUCCUGGACAAGCUGCUCCGCAACCCCGACAGCCUCAAGAGCACGGGCACCACACACAGGUUCACCCAGCCACGGCUGGACAGGGCUGUGCUGGAGCUGAGCAGCUGCCUGACCGUGGAGGACUGGCUGGACUCCAUCCGCCUGGGGCACUACAGGGACAACUUUGCCAUGGCUGGCUACUCGUCCCUGGGCAUGGUGAUGCACAUGAACCUCGAGGAUGUUCGGAGUCUGGGCAUCACCAUGAUGGGCCACCAGAAGAAGAUCUUGAACAGCAUCCAGGCCAUGAGAUCCCAGCUGCUGAACACAAACGGCCCCAGGAGGCAUCUCUGAUCACAGGCUCUGCAGAGCUGCACCAGGCAUCCCUCAACACUCACCCUGCAAAGGGGCAGCAGGGUGGUGAGCAGGAACAGGGGCAGCAGGAGCUGGAGCCCUGCCAGCAUCUCUGUGAUUUCAGCACUGGUAUUCCAGGUACCUUGGUGGUCCUGUUGCCUCCUUGCCCCACCUGAAGGGGGGAGCAGCCUUCCAAGGGGUCACAUCAUGACUCUGCCAUUCCCCUGUGCACUGGGUGUCUCCCCACAGCCAUGCAGGACAGGAGACAGCUCCUUCACCCAGUGGGAUGGUCCAGCUGCUCCUGCAGGUGAGGCACAUCAGCAAUAACCAGGAGCAGCGGGCUGGGCUUGCUGUGGCACACAGCUCCUUUGGAGCAGGCAGCUGAGGAGCUCCCUGGGUGUCUGAGCUGAGCAGGGACACACUGCACACAGCAGGGACAGCCCUGCUCCCCUCCCAGCCUGCUCCAGCCUCCUGAGCUGCACCAGCCCAGAGGUGACUUCAUGGGCACCUCUGCACGAGCAGGAGGGCAGGGGGCAGAGUGCAAGGUGGCAGUGCCAGGAGCAGCUGGCUCUGCCUUCAGACCGUUCUUCCCAGCUCAGAGGAGAGUUGUCCUGGAGACUCAAGGAGCUCUGGAGUGCUGCAGGACACUCUCCACCUCUUUAACCCACCAGCCCUGCUCCUCC